UCCAUUCCUGUGGCUGGAUACGUUAUAUAAUAUUUGACGUUGCACUUUCUGCUUUUUUUGACUCAAGAAUUACGGUUCCACAAAGGUUGUCAUCCUUCAGCCGCACUUCGUGACAUAAAGCCGCAAGAUUCAAGGCGUUGUUUUGCAGCCGAGUCUCAUCGAAGGCGACCAACGGGAAGAGCCCAGUGGCUUCGAUCAGCCCCGCGUCUGCACGUCGCUGCUGCGAAGCAGAUACGCCAGUCUGCUCCUUUAUUGUCGCCAGAUUGGAACAUUAUUGAGAGCCAGUAUGAUUGUUGAAGUCCUGGUGGCCCUGCUGGUGGGAGGUCUCAUCCUCUACCUGGUUCAAAAGAAUAAGACCCACAUUUUGAAGACAGAGGACGGUUGGUGGGGAGCUGGAGCGCCACCUGAUGAAGAGGAGGACACCAGCAUUCGCCCCUUCAGCGUCAGUACAACCAGGGAGGAGCUAGAGGACCUUUACCGGAGAAUAGACCAAACUCGCCCCAUUUCCUCGCUGGAGGACAGUCGUUUCCAUUUUGGCUUCAACUCUGAGCACCUGCAGAAGGUGGUCUCCUACUGGAGGAACGACUUUGACUGGAAGAAGCAGAUUGACAAACUCAACAAGUACCCUCACUUCAAAACCAAAAUUGAGGGCAUCGACAUCCACUACAUCCAUGUGACUCCAAAGAAGGUUCCUCAGGGCACCACGCCCAUCCCAAUCAUCAUGGUCCACGGAUGGCCCGGCUCCUUCUUUGAGUUCUACGGAACCAUCCCGCUGCUGACGGAGCCCGCUGAUCCCAACGAUCCGGUGUUUGAGGUGGUGUGCCCCUCCAUUCCUGGGUACGGGUACUCGGAGGCGCCACAUAAGCAAGGCUUCAACUCAGUCUGCGCCGCCAGGAUUUUCCACAAGCUCAUGAAGCGUUUGGGCUUCCAGCAGUACUACGCCCAUGGAGGGGACUGGGGAUGGCUGGUCACCACCAACAUGGCUCAGCUGGAGCCCCAGACCAUCACAGGACUGCACAUAAACUUCGCUCCUCCCCCGAGGUAUUCGCCCACAAUCCUUCUCUCCAUUCUGCUGGGCCGUCAUUUCCCAAACUUGUUCGGCUUCACCAACUUUGACAUUGAGCGUAUGUACCCGGCUACGAAGAAGCUGCUGAUCGAGUCUGUCAAGGAGUCGGGCUACAUGCACAUCCAGGCCACCAAGCCUGACACUGUGGGUCGAGGCCUGAAUGACUCUCCCGUUGGCCUGGCUGCCUACAUUUUGGAGAAGUUUUCCACGUGGACCAACAACGAGUUCAGAGACCUUGAGGACGGAGGUCUGACCAGAAAGUUUUCUUUGGACGACCUGCUGACCAACGUGAUGAUCUACUGGACCACCGGCUGCAUCAUUCCAUCCAUGAGGUUCUACAAGGAAAACUUCAUCCAAGGACUCAACCCGCCUCACGUCAAGUUGCCCGUGACGGUCCCCACUGGAUUUGCUUGCUUCCCCAACGAGCUGAUGCACGCUCCCAAGCUGUGGGUCAAACAGAAGUUUGUUAAUCUGGUCACCUACACCACCAUGGCGCGGGGGGGACACUUCGCCGCCAUGGAGGAGCCUCAGCUGAUGGCGGCAGAUAUCCAGAACUUCGCCAAGAUCAUGGAGGAGAAGAAGAAGAAGUAGACGAAGAGACAAGAGAACGGUUCUGCAUAGAGUGUUCUCAGUGAAGUGUUGCUGAUAGUGUGACGACUAGCCGCACAGCUAGCAGACUCCCUAUCCUUUUGCUGUGUUAUUAACCUGCACUUAUGUCACAUGAGUUGAAAAAAAAACCCGCCCCAAAUCCCCUUUAAAAUUUGCUACGUCAGCAGCUCAGUUGACCAGGCAGCUGCAGAUGUGAGGUCGGAGGGCAUCUCACUGUUGACAUCAUGAAGGAGAACCAGGCAUUCCUCAAGCUGAUAACACCGGACUCCAUCUGUAACACAACCUCACUCUAACCGUGUAAUUACACUCCUUUAAUUAAAGUCCUCUCACAAAAACACCUUCCUCCUCAACUGAUACGUGAUGUCUGUAAAAGAAUGUUUCACAUAUCACCAAGUUGCAUUUUGUCUGUGGACUUAUGAAAUAUAUGUCUGUACGCAUGAGUUCACCUUUUUGGAACGCGGCGCCGUAUUAUUGCAGCUUUUAACCCCAAUAAAUAC